GGUGACGGGGAGUGCUGCAGCCUUUUCCGUUUCGGGCUAUCAGUGGGACGCGGUGUGUCUAUUCGCGGGCUCAGCGGGCUGCUUUCGAAACGCUCGAGUGUACCAUGGAUCUGUAUGGAGAAGGAGGGCCGUUCCGUGCAGCUGACUGAAUCUGCCAUCCGUCUUUGUUCGGAUGAUGGAAGUGCGGAGUUAGAAGCCUUUCGGGAGAGCUUGCGCAGGCAGGCCAUGCAGCGGGACUCUCAGGGGGCCGUCGCAGUGCCUGAGGGACAUCAAUCUUCCACGGAUUCCGAGGAACCGUCAACUGGUAACGCGUCGGCCGAAGGUCCUCAGCCUCCGCAUCCUGUCGUGAUGGUGGACUCGACGACUCAGCAGAGCGCCGGCAGUCCACACCACACUCCUUCCAUUUUCGGCUUGGAUGCUGGCCAUGACUUUGCCGAGCAUCCGCCAGCGAACCGUUAUCCAGCACACCUUGUUACUGCAUUCGGUGGCCAUGCACAACUACAUGGACACUCCAGCUCGACAACUGAUAACAGCGGAGUCAGUGAGGAAGUGCAUUUGUGUGGGAGUCCUACGAUGUUGGUGAACGGCAACGGGAGCAGUUCGUGCGAAGAAGAUGACUGUGCCUAUGUUGGAGAGGCAAAUGCAGCGUACACAUUUUCAGAAGAGUUCAACACGGACAUCGAAGAGAAUGGAAGUGGACAAGGGAGUGACAGCACGGGGGGGUCGGCGCAGGACAUAAAUGCAGCCACAAGCAUUGACGUGAUAGUUCGUGCGGGUGGUGACGCACAUGGUGGUGGUGACGACGGCGGUGACGACAGCGGUGACGAAGGCAGUGAUGAAGGUGCUGCGUCAGGCGGUGAGGGCGGUGGCAAUGGUAGUGUUGGCGGGGGAGGAGACUCUGGUGAUUCACCGGGCUUGUCACCGGGAGAAAAGACAAGAACAGGAAAGAGGAAGAGGAAUUGUUGGAGCGAUGAUGAGACCGUUGCCCUCAUUCGCGCUCAUGGUGACCUUCUCUGUGGCAAGGAUUUGACAUCAGAAAACAUGGGAAACGCAUUGAGCGGGAAGAAGAAAUGGCAAGCUGUGGCGGCUAUCCUUGCAAGCAAGGGAUUCACAAGAGAGUGGAAUGACUGUCAAACCAGACAUAAGAACCUGGCAGGCUGGCACCGAAGGAUCGGAGACAACGAUCGGAGGAGUGGACAACAGAGCUACUGGCGAAUGACGCCAACAGAACGGUGCGCAGAGAACCUCGGUUUCUACAUGCGCAGGGCUUGGUUCGACUUGUUUAAUGUGUACAACGCGAACAACCCGGCCAUCCACGCUGAACACGUUCACGACCCGGGCACUGAACAGGAGAAUGCUGCAAGCGCUUCUCCUCCGCCUGCUUCUCAGGAAUCUACUCCUGGUGUGACCACAGCUGCGGCUGAUCAACUGCCGGACUACACUCCUGCAUCGUCCAAGAAGAGGCGUGGUUCUCUCAACGCGCGAGAGAAGUCAAUGAAGGGCGUGGCAGCCAUGAUGGGUGAACACACUGCAACCAUCACACGACAGGGGGAGAAGAAGUGCCGCCUGUCUUCUGAGUGCACUGACAAGACGGUCGCAGCUAUGGACAGGCAGACAAAAGUGGCGAGGGAGGAGAUCAAGGCACGCAUCAAUUGCGUGGAAAAACAGAUUGAGUCCAUGGAGAGAGGGUGGGCCUUGAUUGCUGACGCGAUCAAGGCGCUCGCUGCCGCAAGGGCACCCGAGGGCCGAGGAAGAGCAUCAUGAUGCGCAUGACGUGUAUCAUCUGUCGACAACUGAUUUCUGCACACGCCACAGUUGUCAUUUCGAGU